AUGCGCUACAUCUCCACUAUCUCCGCAUUGGUGUUGUCUGCCUCAUUGGCUGCUGCCCAGACAAUCCCUGCACAGGGUCAGCCAGAGUCCCUCCUCAACCCUGAUUUCGCCUUCGUCCGAUCCAAGGUGGCCACUGCCUUAACAUCCACCGGCACAUGCAAAUUCGCGCCCGGUGGUGGCAGCUGCCCCCAGAACGCGCCCUGCUGCAGCGGCGCCGGAUACUGUGGAUCAGACCCUGCCUUCUGCGCCGACAACUGCCAGGCCACUGGAUCGUUCACCGCUGACUCGUGCUGGCCCCUCCCCAUGGCCGUCAACCUCGACGAUCAAUUCAAGGACAAGUCACGUAUGGUCCAAAUCAAGGACUUUAACGGCUUCCCCACCACCGCCGACUGGGUCGUCGAUCGCACUCCUGGCACUCAGGAGCACGCUGUGAUCACCGACGACGACAAGAUGGUCCUCAAGCUCAACAGGCUUGAGAAGCACCCCGAGACAGGCGGUGGUAUCGGUGCGACCGUCCACUCUUCCCGCUGGAUGAAGUACGGCACCAUCGAAGCCCGUCUCAAAACCGCCUCGAGCAUGCCCGGUACUGUCUCUUCGUUCAUCCUGAUCUCGCCCAUCUCGGGUGAUGAGAUUGAUUUUGAGGUCGUCGGCAAGGACCCCAGCGAUGUCCAGACCAACUUUUACUACCGAGUCCAGCCCAACAACACGCAGGUCGACUACACCCACGGUGUGCACAUCAACGUCAACCUCGACACCAGUCUCGACUACCACACCUACCGCCUGGACUGGACUCCUACCGAGAUGAAGUGGUGGUUUGACGGCGAGCUCAAGCGCACAACUCUGGCCUCGGAGGCCGUUGGAUCGUACCCUGACACGCCCAUGAGAAUCGCCUUUGGUCUCUGGGAUGGCGGUCAUGGCAGCAAAGGAACUGCCGAGUGGGCUGGAGAGAACACCUCGUACGAACCCAAUGAUACCCGCGAGUACCAGUUGUCGAUCGACUGGGUCAAGAUCACGCCCAUGGUGCCCGAGAACGCAACCGACCCCUGGCCCGGCGCAAAGUACAUCACGCAGAUGCAGAACGGCCAGAACAACGGCAACACCAACGGUGGCAUCGGUAACGGAGGCGGCAGCAGUGGUGGUAACGGUGGUGGCCCCAUUAUUGGUGGCGAUGGUGGAUGGAUGGGUUCCGAUAACGCAGCCACUGGCCUUUACUCUGCUAGAAGUGUGAUUGUUGGAGGUGUUGUUGCCCUUGCUACAGUUGUUGCCAGCGCUCUUCUCGCCUAA